AUGUUCGGAAGCAGAAGGCGAGCCGAGUCCGUCUCCUCCAAGAGCCGCGUCGCCAAGGACCCUCCCAAGCGGAAGAUGUCCAUCAGUCGCACUCCCCGCCAGGAUACCACCUCCCGAUCCAGCACCCAGAGCCCCAUGACCUCGGCCAUCAUCACCAUCGCCGUCGGCCGCGAGCAGCGCCUGUUCGCCGCACACGAGGACGUCCUCUGCCACUCGCCCUUCUUCUCUGCCCUCUGCCGCGGUCAAUUCUUCGAGCCCACCUCCAGGCGCAUCGAUCUGCCCGAGGAGGAGCCCGAAAUCUUCUCGUCCAUCCUCGAGUACCUCUACAAGGGCGACUACUACCCCAAGCUGGAGCACGACCGCAAGCGCAACACUUGGACCCUGGAGGACUCGAACAAGGGCCGCGGCGCUGCCGAGUCGACUGUCUUCAUCAAUGGCUGCGGCGUGCCCAUCCUCAAGGACACUGUUAUCUACUGCAUCGCCGAAAAGUACGGCCUCGACGAGCUCAAGCGCCUCGCUCUCCGCAAGCAGGGCCUGCAGUCUGGCAUUCAAUGCUCGACGAUCCUGACGUCGGCGCGCUACGCAUACGCCAACACCCCCGACACCGACUCCAAGCUGCGCGCGCACUACCUCGCGCUGAUCAUCCGCUCGCGCCACACGUUCAAGCGCAGCGGCACCAUGCAAAACGAGAUGGAGGCUGGCGGCAAGCUGUUCUUCGACCUGUUCGUCGCCAUGGUUAACCACAUGGUAAGUUGUUGUCGUCUACCCUAA